CUCGUCCACUGGUAAAUUGAAGUGAUGGCUUUGUGCAUUUGCAAUUGCUUUACGCUCUCAAACCACAAUCCUUUGAAAUUCUCAAAUUCAAUUCCCAGAGCUUCUUUGUUCCAAAGACACACUCAUCUUCAUCCUCCCAGAGAAACACCAUCAUCACCUUGUUUGACCAAGAGAGACCUCGGCCUCUCAAUUGUCGCUAUUUUCUUAAAUGGGUUUUUGCCAAACUUGCAAAAGGCCAUUCUCGCUCAAGACUUGGAUCUUCAGAGGUACACAGAUUCCAAGGAGGGUUUCACUCUCCUCCGGCCCUCCUCUUGGAUAAAGGUCGAAAAAGCAGGGGCAACUGCUCUGUUUGAAGAGGCAAAUAACGGAAGCAACAAUAUUGGUGUUGUGGUGAACCCGGUUCGUCUUACGAGCCUUGGAGAGUUUGGCAGUCCUCAAUUUGUGGCUGAUAAGCUUAUACAAGCUGAAAGGCGCAAGGAAAGUACAAAAGAUGCUGUGGUUAUUGGAUUUGCAGAGAGACCAGGCCAGGGCGGCCUACAAGUAUACGAGUUCGAGUAUGAGGUUGAUAGCACAAGAGGAGGGAUGAAGAGGAUCUUUUCGGCUGCAUUUGUGGCCUCAAAGAAGCUAUACCUCGUCAAUAUCACUCACUCAGACAAACCAGAGAGUCCUCUUAACUCCAAUACAAGAAUAAUGCUAGAACAAGUUCUUCAUUCCUUCGAUGCAGCACCUUUGACAUAAUAUCACUGCACUUUCUUCCAUCAUGACUAUUUUACUAUUCUUGCCUCUGCCUAAGCUCAAGUAAUAUUUGUCUUCAACUUACUUUGAAAGAGAUCAAAGUGAUAUUGUGAAAGUUGAAACCACAAUGAAAGUAAUGCGGUCUUCCCUUUA